CUCCGCAUCCCCUCCCCGCCGCAACUCAGCCGCGCCGCCGUCGCCGUGCACGCACCAGCGCCACCACUUCGGCGCUUCCCUAUCAGACCGACAAACAAGGCCAAAACCCCACGACGACGCCGGCCACGGCCACCGCGAGGGUUUUUUAGCCUCCUCCGAUGCCGCCGCCUCGCCGCGCGCUUCUCACCUCCCUCCUCCGCCUCCGCUCCUUCUCCUCCAUUGCUUAUCCCCAUCCCCACCCACCCGCGCCCCCGCGGCGCCACCAGUUCGUCGCCGACCCUACCACCUCCACAAGCCGUGGCGUCAUCGGGGGCAUCGGUGGCGGGAGCGGGAACCCCUUGGACCCAACGCAGCUCCUCCGUGACGACCCGGUGGCAAUCACCGCUUCCCUUUGGGUAUCCUCCUUCCGCGCCGCCGCCGCCGCCUCCGGCUCCGGCUCUUGUACCUCCGCACCGCCGCAAUCGCUCACCCCCUUCCUCUCGCGCCUGGAGCUGUGGGUGCUCGCCUACCAGAAGGCAUACGCUGACGAGACCGGCUCCUACCUGCCGCGCUCCUCCAUCCCGGCCUCCACGCUCACCUCCCUCCUCACGCUCCGCAACGCCGUACUCGACGCCCGCUUCCGCUUCGGCAACCGCCUCACCCCCUUCCUCCAGUCCCCGCGCGCCGCCAACGCGCCGGACCCCGCCACCCUCUCCAAGCGCAAGCUCCGCGCCCUCCUCACAACCCCCGGCCCACCGCCCUUCCAGGACCGCGUCGUGCAGGAGCUGCUCCUACUCCUGCUCGAGCCCGUCUACGAAGCCAGGUUCUCGCCAAAGUCCUUCGCCUUCCGCCCCGGUCGAUCCCCGCAUGCCGCGAUCCGCACCAUCCGCCGCAGCUUUGCGCCAUACCUCUGGUAUAUCAAGGGCGACCUCUCCCCACUCCUGCACUCGCCUGAUCCUGCGCUUGUGGUCGGCGCGCUUAUCCGUGAUGUGCGUGAUAAAAAGGUGGUGGAUUUGAUCCGUUCGGCGCUGCUCACCCCGGUGGUGACCGCAAGUGAUGAUGCUGCAGCGAAGAAGAAGAAGACGAAGAGGAAGUACCAGAAGAAGAAGGUGCUGCCAGAGGGGGAGCCGAAGCCUGACCCUUACUGGCUGCAGACGUUCUUUGGGUUUGCACCAGAGGAGGCCCAGACACAGCCUGAUUGGGGCCACUGUGGGGUGUUGAGCCCGUUGCUUGCCAAUGUGUGCCUGGAUGAGCUUGAUAAGUGGAUCGAAGAGAAGAUUAAGGAGCUUUACAAGCCAUCCAAGUUGGAUGUUGUGGGAGGGGAUGAUGGUAUUGAGCAGGGUAACACAUCAUGGCCGGAGUUUGUUCCCACGAGUGGCCCUGACAAGACAAGGAAGGUGGACUACAUUCGAUAUGGUGGACAUUUCUUAAUCGGUGUGAGGGGGCCAAGAGCCGAUGCGGCGGUGCUUCGGAAGCAGCUAGUUGAGUUUUGUGAUCAGCGAUUCAGGAUCAAACUUGAUAAUGAGAGCCUCCCUAUUGAGCACAUCACAAAAGGAGUCAUGUUCCUUGACCAUGUGUUGUGCCGUCGAGUUGUCUACCCAACGCUGCGUUACACUGCUACAGGAGGCAAGAUCAUUAGUGAGAAGGGAGUUGGUACACUGCUCUCGGUGACAGCUAGUCUGAAGCAGUGUAUCAAACAGUUUCGGAAGCUCGAGUUUUUGAAAGGUGACCGUGAACCAGAUCCACAACCAUGCUUCCGUAUGUUCCACGCCACACAGGCUCACACAAAUUCUCAGAUGAAUAAGCUUUUACUGACGAUGGCAGAGUGGUAUCGCUAUGCUGAUAACCGCAAGAAAGUUGUCAACUUCUGCUCUUACAUUAUAAGGGGGUCCCUGGCAAAAUUAUAUGCUGCCAAGUACAAGCUGCGGUCAAGGGCAAAGGUCUAUAAGAUUGCGUCAAGAAAUCUUAGUCGGCCAUUGAAGGAUAAGAAAGGGCAGUCGCCAGAGUAUCACAAUUUGCUGAGAAUGGGCCUUGUGGAUUCGAUUGAUGGUCUUCAGUAUACAAGGAUGUCGAUGGUUCCUGAUCCUGAUUACACGCCGUUACCAAGUGGAUGGCGGCCAGACCAUGAGAGGAUUUUGCUGGAGUAUAUAAAGCUCACAGAUCAACAGACAUUGGAAGAGCAGCGAAACUGCAUUAGAGAGGAGGGGCUAAUAACACCACAGGACUAUAUUUCGAUGCUUGUAUGGGGCUACAAGAAAAAUGCUGUUUUACUUCCUUCAAAAGUGAGUGAUGCCCAAGGAUCCACAGAGGACCUGGGUUCAGAUACUGAUGAAUUGGAUGAAAAAGAGCUAGGAAAUGAGGGCAAUCAAAGUUUCCCAAAGCUUGCUGAAAUGUCAUGAUGACUAUUGGUGAACUCUGUAGUGUUCCCAAGGGGCUUUUGACUCAUUGACUGGAUGGUUGCUCCAUGACUGUGAACACACGAAACCAACUGCUAGCUCUUUGCUGACUGCUUUGUGGUGGCCUAAGCAGAGGACUACAUGUUUCAUGAGAUCACAACUCAGCCGCUGCUUCGGUCAAGUCUGUUCCUUAAUGUUGAGUGCCAUGGUGAAUAGUGUCCACGGUGCUCGAACAUGCGGUUCGACACAGCAUGGCAUUUCUGGGAACUAGUGGAGAUCUUAUGUUGGUGUCAAAUUGUGUGCCACCUGGAGUGCGUUCCUCAUAUAUCAAGCCUGAAUGUUUGGUGAGACUUUACAUCUUUGUUGACUGCUUCAUGGUGGCCUAAGCAGAUGACUUUUUCCUGCUCAGUGACAGUGAGAUGGCAAUUGUGCCUCUGCAUUGGUCAAGUAUGUUCCUUAAUGCUGAGGGUGAUGGUGAAUACUGUCAGUGGUGCUCAAACAUAAGCUUUGACACAGCAUGGCAUUUCAGGGAACUAGUGGAGAUCUCAUGGUUUCAAAUUGUGUGGUACAUGCAGGGCUAGCUCCUCAUAUAUCAAGCCUGAUGUUUACCGAGACUUUAGAUGCAUUUGAAAGCAUAGAAAAAAAACAGUGUUUACACAUUCCAUCCAACGUCCUGCUUGUGCAAAUUGUUAUCUGUAUAAUCUUUCACUGAAGAGUAAAAACAGCCCGAAGUUCAUGAUGAGCCUUAAGGGCUCAUUUAGAAUUGGAUGAACCCUCUGGCAAGUUCUGGGACCCAAAAAGUUGGCAUCAUGAUGCACUGAUGCAGUGUUUGGUGGUAAGGGCAUUUGGAGGAUUCCAUCACUCCCAAACUCAAGGUGGUACCUUGGUUCCUGCAAGUGCAACAAUUCAAACACGCGCAAUUGUCAGCUCCGAGUCGGCUGGGAAUUAGGCUUGACCCACGGGAGUCAUCCGGCCUGCCUGGGAAGAAACCAACGCCUAUGUUGGUGUGGAAUUUUUCCACACCCAUUCUCGCACAAUGUCAAAGCAGCUUGACUUGCAAGGAGAGCGGCGGGUGGCGUCCACGGGUCGAACCGGUGGCGACGACGUCAACACGCCGCACUCCCCUCUGGCAUUUGUAUCCUCUGGUUACCUUCGCGCCGGUAAUCUUCUUUUGUAUUGGUUAUCGCGUUCUAGGGUUCGUAGAUUUGGUUUAUGCUUCUUGGACCCAGUGAUUGGGGACUUGGGGGGAGGUUUCUGGCCUUCUGGGACAUCAUAUUGCAAAGUUCAUAUCUAGUGCUAAUCUGAAAUAAAAAAUAGUAUGGAUGUGAUGAUAUA